GACUUGUCAGGGGAAAAAAGUUUAAGAAAAAACUAAAUCAAGGAAGAGAUUCUGCAGCUCUAGUUUGGCACGUUUUGGGGGGGGUUCUCAAACCGAGGACAUAGACGGGAAAAUAAACACAAAAUUGGGCACACGUGAACUGUUUGCUUGCCCUGUAGGAAGUAUAUGAGAGAGCAGUCAUGGAGUCGGCCAUUCAGACUAUAGUUGGUGUCUUCCUGAAGUCAGCCAAGGGAAAGGAGAGUUUGGGAGGGAAUGACUUCCAGAAGCUGGUGAAGAGCCAACUCCACAACAUCAUGAUGGACACGGACAGCUCCGAGGCGGUGAAGAAAAUGCGACAGGGCCUGGACUCCAACCAGGACGGUAAAGUCAACUUCGAGGAGUACAUGGACCUGGUGGGCUACCUGGCAACCUCCCUGAGUGUGCAAUGUACUGCCGCCGUGGAGACGCCAGCCGAGAGCGCUGCCACCGCACCGGAGAUCGGGAAUACGCCAGCAGACGUAGAGGAAAAGAAGACAGAAGCGGAGGCACAGCCAGAGGCAGCCACAGCUGUAGAGGAAGAGAAGGUUGAAGUGGUAGAAAAGGUGGAAGAGGCGGAAAAUGUGGAGGAGCCAGCAGCAGCUGGGGAGAAGAUAGAGGAGGCGUCAUAGGAGUUUACUACCGGUCCUUUCCGGACAUUACAAUUACACACCAACACCAAACUGAUAUACACCACACUACCCUAAUACACACUACAGUACACUAUUACAGCCCACCCUUGAAACAGGUGUGCUGCAAUAAUACCACGACAUUACAGUAUAUGUUGGAACCCCACAAUAACACAUUUAUUUUCAUACACACAUACAUACACCCAGUAUUUGGUCCUAAAAUACACUAGUACACACUGCAACAUACUAUAAACAUCAAUCCAUACUUUCUUGAUAUACAGUAUACUUAGUAUUACUAACAUACAUUACACUAUAAUUACUUACAUUACAGCAGUACAUGCCAUUAUAUGUUGAUAUACUUCCCACUAUAUAGCACACUAUAGCUCAUUAUAUGGAUAUUUAAUACAUUCUGCCAUUGAUUGACAUGUGACAUUUUGACACACCCUCUGAAAUGUUGGCACAUUUCCACACAUGGAGAACUCAAUGACCUUGACAUACACUGACACACAUGCUACUAUGUGUGUCAUUGUAUGAUGCAAUACUAAAUUGAGUUAUAUUUGGAUUCCUUCGCUCUCCCUUUGCAUAUCUACAAUGACGUAAUGCAAAACUAUACUACAGUACAUUCCACAAUGUACAGUCAAGUCAGGCCAUCUCAACUCGUUCUUCUGAGAAGGAUGCUUGGCUUAAUGGCUUUGCAUGAUGCAAGUAAGCACAGAUGCGUGGAUGCAUGCCAUAUUCUACACAGCAAAUUCUCUAGUGUUAAAUCAACACUGACAGUGUUACAUUUAACACGGGUCCAGUGUCUAUACGGUCCACACUGUCAGUGUUCAAUUAACACACUGCUUAGUGUAAAGCCUUAUUUGCGUAUUUCCCAGAGUGCCUUGCCUUUCAAGUGAAGUGCAGAGUUACCACCCAUGACAGUAUUUGUUCCUGACAGAAACAUGGUUGUUGCAUUCAUCAGUUUUAAGUCCUGUGGCCUUCACCAAGUGAAGUCCUAAGUGAAUAUGUUCUCAUUAAAAUGUAAUUAUUUAACACAAUACAACAUGUAUUUCACAAGGCCUUAGUUUUACCAUAAUACAGUAACCUGAAACUCAUGGUUUACAGGCCACAUCAGGCCUGCAAGCAACAUCAUACUUGCUUGGGGAUAUCAAACAUCAACCACAACUUUUAUUCAGAUUGACUGCCGGGUUGAGAAGAUUAAGAUAUAUAUAUAUAUAUAUGCCAUUUAGCAGACGCUUUUAUCCAAAGCGACUUACAGUCAGUCAUGUGUGCAUACAUUCUACGUAUGGGUGGUCCCGAGAAUCGAACCCACUACCCUGGCGUUACAAGCGCCAUGCUCUACCAACUGAGCUACAGAAGGACCAAGAUAAGAGACUACCUAAACCAUCUUUUUUUAUUCCCUUUUCUCCCCAAUUUCGUGGUAUACAAUUGGUAGUUACAAUCUUGUCCCAUCGCUGCAACUCCCAUACGGACUCGGGAGAGGCGAAGGUCGAGAGCCGUGUGUCCUCCAAAGCACAACCCAGCCAAGCCGCACUGCUUCUUGACACAAUGCCCGCUCAACCCAGAAGCCAGCCACACCAAUGUGUAAGAGGAAAUGCCAUACACCUGGCAACUGUGUCAGUGUACACUGCGCCCAGCCCACCACAGGAGUCGCUAGUGCACAAUGGGACAAAUGGGACAAACGGCUAAUUGUGCACCACCCCAUGGGUCUCCCGGUCACAGCCAGAGCCUGGUCUCGAACCAGGAUCUCUAGUGGCAGUGCCUUAGACCACUGUGCCACUCGGGAGGCCCGACCUAAACCAUCUUAACUGGAACAACCAUUUCAGUAACAGAUACGAGAGUCCCAAGUAACAGAUUGGAUUACAUGCAAAAAACAUAUACAGUACCAGUCAAAAGUUUGAACACACCUACUCAUUCAAGGGUUUUUCUUGAUUUGUACUAUUUUCUACAUUGUUGAAUAAUAGUGAAUACAUCAAAACUAUGAAAUAACACAUAUGGAAUCAUGUAGUAACCAAAAAAAGUGUCAAACAAAUCUAAAUGUAUGUUAUAUUUUAAAUUCUUCAAAGUAGCCACCCUUGGCCUCGAUGACAGUUUUAGACACUCUUGACAUUCUCUCAGCCAGCUUCAUGAGGUAGUCACCUGGAAUGCUUUCCCAAUGGUCUUGAAGGAGUCCCAACAUAUGCUGAACACUUGUUGGCUGCUUCACUCUGCGGUCCAACUCAUCCCAAACCAUCUCAAUUGGGUUGAUGUCAGGGGAUUGUGGAGGCCGGGUCAUCUGAUGCAGCACUGCAUCACUCUCCUUCUUGGUAUAUAGCCCUUACACAGCCUGUUGAAAAACAAAUGAUAGUCCCACUAAGCACAUACUAGAUGGGAUGGCGUAUCGUUGCAGAAUGCUGUUGUAGCCAUGCUGGUUCAGUAUGCCUUGAAUUCUAAAUAAAUCACUGGCAGUGUCACCAGAAAAGCACCAUCACACCUCCUCCUCCAUGCUUCACGGUGGGAACUACACAUACAGAGAUCAUCAAUUCACCUACUCGGCGUCUUACAAAGACACGGUGGUUGGAACCAAAAGUCUCACAUUUUGACUAAUCCGACCAAAGGACAGAUUUCCACAGAUCUAAUGUCCAUUGCUCAUGUUUCUUGGCCCAAGCAAGUCUCUUCUUAUUAUUGGUGUCCUUUAGUAGUGGUUUCUUUGCAGCAAUUUGGCCAUGAAGGCCUGAUUCACAGUCUCCUCUGAACAGUUGAUUUUGAGACGUGUCUAUUACUUGAACUCUGUGAAGCAUUUAUUUGAGCUGCAAUCUGAGGUGCAGUUAACUCUAAUGCAUGUAUCCUCUGCAGCAGAGGUAACUCUGGGUCUUCCUUUCCUGUGGUAGUCCUCAUGAGAGCCAGUUUCAUCAUAGCGCUUGAUGGUUUUGCAAUUGCACUUGAAUAAACUCAAAGUUCUUGACAUUUUCUGGAUUGAUUGACCUUCAUGUCUUAAAGUAAUGAUGGACUGAUUUCUCUUUGCUUAUUUCUGCUGUUUUUGCCAUUAUAUAGAUUGGUCUUUUACCAAAUAGGGCUAUCUUCUGUAUACCUCCCCUACCUUGUCACAACACAAAUUAUUGGCUGAAACGUAUUAAGAAAGAAAGAAAUUCCACAUAUUGACUUUUAACAAGGCACACCUGUUCAUUGAAAUGCAUUCCAGGAGACUACCUCAUGAAGCUGACUGAGAGAAUACCAAGACUGUGAAAAGCUGUCAUCAAGCUCUGGCAUGUCAUGACAAUAAACAAAUUGUGUUGCUGGGGUUCUUACUUAG